AUGUUCAUCCCUUAUCGCGGACCCUCCAAGACCAAAGACCAGAACACACGACGCGCCAUCAAUGCCUUCGUCGCAGCUGACGCGAAUAGCCGGCGUCGUCGGCGGAAUGAAGAUGCCAAAUCCAAACCGUCGUCGGGGACAUUGCAAUGGCUCCAGAUUCCUCAUCCGAAAUCCGACCCACAACAUCCGCCGGGCGAGGGUGAUGGAGCGGGCCGAGGUGAUCGACAAGCACAGUCGCUGGCGAUGGCAAGACCCAUUGGUGGGAGCAGGUUCUACCCGCUCGAGGGAUUUGUAUCCAAGGGACCCAUGACUGGGCGUGCUCUGAGUUAUUACUUUGACAUCCUCCUUCCCCACGACGCGAGAGCUCUCGGACUCGGAGACGCCGGCACACGCUCAUACGGAAACGGACUGCUUGCUUGGGCGUCCAAACACAAUUUGAUUCUGCACGGCCUGUCAGCAUUCACCUUGUGUAGCCUGGACAGCCAGGAUAGCACUGGAAGGACCAGCCGUGCGAUCACCUACCACCGGAACGUACUGUUGAAGGAGCUGCACGAGCGGCUGUCUCGCCGCCAAGUGGACGACGUCCUUAUCCAGGCGAUUACACUGUUGAUACCGGUGGACGAUUAUCUGGGCCAUGCCGAGUAUGGCCCGGUUCAUCUCAAGGGGUUAAACGAUGUGGUCCAACUCCGCGGCGGCUUUGGAGCCAUCGGGACUUCUGACGAGGCCGCAUUCGGAAGCAAUCUUCGAAUGAGUGUGCAGGUGACCAUGAGUCUAGUAGAAUUCCACCUACAGACCAACAUGAACCAGGAGUCAGACACGAUAGUAGGUCCCGUCAGUGCACCUUCGUCGCCAAGCGAGCUCCAGAUCAAAGCCUCGGGUCUCCCACCUGGCUUCAGGGAUCUGAUUGAUCAGGGUUGCAUAUCCGAUCAGAUGAUUGAUGUGCUUUAUAGCUUCAUGGACUGGUCAAUCAAGGGCCGAGAAAUCGACCCGUCCGCGCGAGGGACGUGGCGGUGCUCGACUGCUCGGGACCUGAACAACCUUGAAAAGUGCAUCGUGGUCACUUUAGCGUGUUUGGCUGAUGACAUCAGCGCGAUGGGCACGCACCCCGCCACGAUAAUCUUUCGAAAGCCGAAACAACGAGCCGCGAUGCUGGCGCGGGUUGCCGAAGUGUGGGACAAUCCACUCUUCGUGGACUGUGUGAUCUGGAUGUGUACCGUUGUUAGCACGCCCCGGAACCGAGAUAUCCUCUGCAGGGAGGCUCAACGGCGCUUGUUGCUGAAGGCUAUACGGUGCAGAUACUGUGCCCUCCAGUGGGGCGACAUCCGGCAGGUACUGGAACGGUUCAUCUAUGAAUCAGGCCGCGCGGCGGAUUGGGAGGAAGCGUGGAGUCGUGCCUUGAAGGAUCCACGUCUCGUCACGGGAGAGACAGACCCAUUCUGCUGCCCCUCACCAUGUGUGUUACCCUUCUAA